UAGAAUAGUUAAACAGGUAUUGUCAUUUGUCAAACAUUUGCCAUUCUAUAACUAUAAAGAAUUAAAAAUACUGUUAGACCAAAUCAAGUACGGUAUUAGAAUGCUCUUAAAAUAACAGAGUAUUUCAUUAAUUUACUUAUUAUCUAAUUUUAUCUCAACUCUAUGUGUUAAACCUUUCAAAACAGAUGCAGACAUACUGUAUAUACAUGUCAACCAACGGAAUAAAACCUACGGGAAUUUCAACAGUUUCAUGUUAUACCUAUAUCACGAGCUGCAUUUUAUGUAUAUAUCCUACUUACAAAGCUGUUCUCAAUUUAUCACACUUCAACGUUCCUGAUAACAACUGCAUUCCAGAUUCGUUGAAGUAAAAGCAAAUCGUGUCAAGUGAUUUUUCUUUCGGUAUCGUACAUUACCUUUGGUACACAUUUUCAUGUCAUUCAUCUAUCAACCUGUAAACCACAGUCGUUAUGAUUCUGCUUCUGUGUAUCCUAUUGUCUAUCGCCGAAGGAAUCGAAUUCCAGAAUGGCAUUGUCAAUACAACGUAUGGGAGGAUCCAAGGCUCUCUGAGACAGGAAGGAGGAUUUAGUGUGUAUCAGUUUCUGAAGGUUCCUUAUGCUCAACCCCCUCUAGGAUCUAUGAGGUUUAGAAAACCACAGCCUCCUGUUCCAUGGAAUGGAGUAUUGAAUGCAACUAAACCUGGUCUCUCGUGUAUUCAGAAAAUAAGCAAAUCAUACAGGAACUUUUUACCCAACAUGGAUGUUUCUGAAGAUUGCUUGUACAUGAAUAUCUACGUUCCAUCAGGAUCAAGUACAAGCAAUAUUCCUAUUAUGGUAUACAUCCAUGGCGGGGGAUAUUACAAGAAGUCCGCCAAUUUACACGACGGAGCACGAAUAUCUGCUGUCAGUGACGUUGUCGUUAUUCUGAUCAAUUACAGACUUGGUAUGUUUGGGUUUUUGAGCACAGGUGACGAUCAAUCGCGCGGAAAUUAUGGUCUCUGGGAUCAAAUUCAGGCCCUGGAGUGGAUCCAGGGGAACAUCCGGAAUUUUGGAGGGGAUCCCUCUCGUGUGACGGUAUUUGGUCAUUCAGCAGGGGGAUACAGCAUAGGACUACUUCUUCUUUCUAAACACUCACUUGGCUUGUUUCACAGGGCUAUCGCAACGAGUGGGUUGGGUCUCAAUAAACGUGCUAUUACACACGACGCGCGCAAUGCAGCUUUCCGUGUGGCCAAAUUUGUAGGAUGUUACAACGCAUCUGUCGAAUUUGACAGUAGAGCUUUAAACUCGUCACACAUUGUUUCAUGUUUAAAGUCUAAAACACCAGAAGAAAUUCUGGUAGCUACUGGCAAAAUGCAAACCAGUUAUAACAGAUAUGACUUCAUAAUGAGACCAGGCCCUGUUAUAGAUGGCGACUUUUUAUUGGACUCCCCGGAACAUAUCAUGAAUAAUCCGGAAUCACAGGGUUUCAGAACGUUCCGAAGUGCUGAUGUCAUGGCUGGUACCAAUGAUGAGGAUGGCUGGCUACUGAAAUCAAAACUAAAAGACAUGCAGAAGACUUACAACUUCAGCUUGGAUAAUGGAGUUUCCUUUUCUGCCAUGUGUGACGGAGUCGUCCGGUCUUUAGUUCGGGACUAUUUUCACUCCGACGCGACCAUCGCUAACAAAAUUUGCAAGAGGUAUUCAAGGAACAGUUCAAUCGUUGAUCAAGGUCAUUCAACUCUUGACAUGUACGGUGAUGUGCUUUACGCAGCUCCUGCAGUACAGACGUUAAGGAAACACCGUUCAGCCAUGACACCCUUAAAAGAGUCGGAGCGGAGAAACACUUAUCACUUUCUUUUCGUGCAUAAACCUAGCUUUCCAGUAAUUUCUUCUCGCCGAAGUUGGCUUACAGGGGCGCAACAUGGCGACGAAGUGUGGUUCAUUUUCAAAAAUAAAAACUUUGAUUACACGGAAGAGGAGCUGAAACUAAACGAUGGUUUUGUGAGAUAUUUGACCAAUUUUGCUAAAUCUGGAAAUCCAAACGGCAAGGAUCUGGAAACCUUUUGGCCAGCAUUUGAUUCGGAAACUGAAAGCUAUUUAAAGAUAAAUAGGACAAUGACGGUAGAAGAACAUAUGUUUAAGGACAGAAUGACGUUCUGGUUGGAAACAGUUCCUUCUCUUCAACACGAUUCGACAUCCUCCCAUGGGGUUUUUCUUGAAUAUUCUGCUAUCUUAUCAAUUAUUAUAAUAUAUGAUUUAUGUGAAAGUUUGUUACAGUAAGAGAACUAUUUAGCAUUGUUUUUAUAAUUCAGCAUUUGAAGCAGGUGGACAUGAUGCAAAAGAUAUUUCAGAAUUUGUUCUUAUGAUGUUUUCUGAAUUCAUAUCCUAAUAUUCACAUUUCCAAUGUUUUUGUCUUUGAAUCUUUACAAAUUAUAAUAAUAAACAUUUCCUCAUGAAUGUAUUGUAGUGCGGACAAAUGAAUACAGAAUAAAUAGAACGUCUUCUCGAACGGCUGGAAAUUUCGACAGAAAUGAAAGUAAUAUGUAAAUAUAAAAAAUAACCUUUAUUUUUGAAAGUACAAGGAGGGACUUUUCAUGAAGCUGGUGUGAAGCAUUGCAAUUCACACCCUCAUAUAUUAUCAUAAAUGAGGUUCAAUAGUUAAAUGUACAUGUACUUAUAUUUUAUAUCAACCAUGUGUGUCAAACCAGCUCGUGUUGUCCAACAGAUCAAAUGUUGUGGUGCAUCAAACCAACAGAUCAAAUGUUUUGGUGUAUACCCCGGAUUUCAGGUUUCGGUGAUGAGGGAUAACACAUGUUCCAUUGUGAAUAAAAAAAACCACCUGAUCAAAAGUGCAUCUAGAAUUUGAACUAGUAUUCUAGUGUAUUUUAAAAGAAGUAUAUAUUGCACUGAACAGAAUGGACAUUUGGAGGCCGUAUUCGCUCGCGUGAAUAUAUAGAUCAUGUCCAAAUGAUCAAUUGCGGGCAACACACACACGCACACACACCAAGUUUGGCCCCAUCCUCUUCCCCAGGGAUCAUGAAAUUUACAAUUUUGGCAAAGGUCUUCCUGCUCUACAUCACUAUGCAUUUAGUUUUUCUUAAACAUGUGUGGUUUUAAAGAAGAUUUUUGAAAAUUUGUCACUUAUUGACAGUUUCCGCCCUGCCUCUAAGGCACCAGAAGUGCAAGAGUCCUGAAAUUUCCGAUGUAUGCCAGCCUUGUCCCAAAGAUUCUUCAUACCAAAUUUGAAAAGAAUAGAAAUGGUAGUUAUCAAAAACUUUAAUAUACAUGCAUGUUCAAUUGGUAACAAAUUUAAUCACUGACCAUUUUGGCCUCACCCUAAUAAGAAAACCCCUACCCCUGUAAUCAUCAAAUUUACAAUUUUAAUAAAAAGCUACCUGCUCAUUCUAAACAUCCAUUUAGCUUCAAUUUAGUAUGAACAGCAUUAACGAAUAAGUCUUUUUUUUUUUUUUUUUUUAUACACAUAAAUACUGGGUAUAUACCAAGAUUGGUCUUGCCCUGGAGUCAGAACUUUUACCACGGGGAUCAUAAAAUUUACAAAUUUGGUAGAGGCCCUUCUGCUCUAUAUCACCAUGCAUUUAUUUUUUCUUAAACAUGUGUGGUUCUAGAGAAAAUAAAUGUUGCACCAAAGGUAAAGGAGUUCUAAAAUUACAAUUAAAUUUGUCAGUCUUGUCCGAAAGAUGCUUCAUACCAAAUUUGAGAAGAAUUGGAACAUUUGGUAGUUAUGAAGAAGACGUUUAAUUGUUAGCGAAAGACGCACGAUGGACGCAGACCAAUAGCAAAAGGUCACCCGAGUAAAUAUUUUUGGAGGGUGAAUAUGAUAAGAUGGGAAAACAGAAACUACAUUUUCAAAGUGAGCACAACCAGCAAAAGAAUUUUAACAAAUUUAUAGGAAUUUAUAGGGCUAAUAUAGGGGAAAUGCCAUUUUAAGCCAAGAAUAAAAAAACAA